UUUCUCCUCCAUGGAAACUCCCACAUCACCUUCCCUCUCAAAGUUUCUUUUCAUUUCAUGGGGGCCUAAGCCUAUAAAUUUGGGCAUUUCCCAUUUCGUUUGAGCAACUAAAUCAAGCAAAGUUUGAAGCUUUCAUUCAAAACACAGAAUCAAAGCAAACUGAUUAUCAUUGAUUCUAUUUCGUAUUCAAAAUCUCAGUUAUUUUCUCUAUAAAAGCAACCCUUUUUUCUAUUUUUUAAUCUUCUUUUUUCGAACAAUAUAGCAGCCUUUUUUGUUUGUUAUCAAUGGCUCCAAGCUUGAGCAAAGUUAGCUCUGGUGUUUCAGGCCUUGUUGAUAGCCAUAACCAGCAGUCUCCAAUUUCUCUGGAGGGCUCAAACUUCAUUGCGAAUGGCCAUGUUUUUCUCUCCGAUGUCCCUGACAACAUCACAGUAACUCCUUUCCCUUAUGGCUCCUCCACUGACAAAUCAAUAUCCACCGUUGGAUCAUUUGUAGGAUUUGAUGCUGUUAAAUCCAACAGCCGCCAUGUUGUUCCCAUUGGCAAGCUCAAGAACAUCAGGUUCAUGAGCAUUUUCAGGUUCAAGGUCUGGUGGACUACUCAUUGGGUUGGUUCCAAUGGAAAAGACCUUGAAAAUGAAACUCAGAUGGUUAUUCUUGACAAAUCAGACUCUGGCAGGCCUUAUAUUCUCCUCCUUCCUCUCCUCGAAGGCCCUUUCAGGGCUUCCCUUCAGCCUGGAACCAAUGACAACGUUGACAUUUGCGUCGAAAGCGGGUCCACCAAGGUCACCUCCACCGGAUUCCGGAGUGUUCUUUACGUUCAUGUGGGUGAAGAUCCGUUCAACUUGGUCAAGGAAGCCAUGAAAGUGAUCAGGUUUCACCUUGGAACCUUCAAGCUGUUAGAAGAAAAAACCCCACCAGGGAUCGUGGACAAAUUUGGUUGGUGCACGUGGGAUGCAUUUUAUCUUACUGUGAACCCUCAAGGAGUUUGGGAAGGUGUCAAAGGUCUAGUCGACGGUGGGUGCCCACCAGGAUUGGUGCUGAUCGAUGAUGGGUGGCAAUCCAUUUGCCACGAUGAGGACCCAGUCACCAAAGAAGGCAUGAAUUGUACUGUGGCGGGUGAACAAAUGCCCUGCAGGUUAUUGAAAUUUCAAGAGAAUUACAAGUUCAGGGACUAUGUAAGUCCUAGGUCUUUGGCCAACGGUGCACCUAACAAGGGCCUGGGUGCCUUUAUCAAGGACCUUAAGGAGGAAUUCAACACUGUGGACUUUGUUUAUGUAUGGCAUGCCCUAUGUGGAUAUUGGGGUGGUUUAAGGCCUAAUGUCCCCGGAUUGCCAGAAACUAAGGUUAUUAAGCCGGAAUUGUCACCGGGAUUGAAGAAAACUAUGGAGGAUCUCGCCGUUGAUAAGAUUGUAAACACCGGCAUCGGAUUAGUGCCGCCGGAGAUGACUGAUCAACUUUAUGAAGGAAUCCAUUCUCACCUGGAAAAUGUUGGAAUUGAUGGAGUCAAGGUGGACGUUAUCCAUCUUCUGGAAAUGUUGUGUGAAGACUACGGUGGAAGAGUUGAUCUUGCAAAAACUUAUUAUAGAGCACUAACAGAUUCAGUAAGGAAGCAUUUCAAAGGGAAUGGUGUUAUUGCUAGUAUGGAACACUGCAAUGAUUUCAUGUUUCUUGGAACAGAAGCCAUUUGCCUUGGUCGUGUUGGUGAUGAUUUUUGGUGCACUGAUCCAUCUGGUGACCCCAAUGGCACAUUCUGGCUCCAAGGUUGUCACAUGGUGCAUUGUGCUUACAACAGUUUGUGGAUGGGCAACUUUAUACACCCAGAUUGGGACAUGUUCCAGUCUACUCACCCUUGUGCUGAGUUCCAUGCUGCCUCCAGGGCAAUCUCUGGUGGCCCAAUUUAUGUCAGUGACACUGUUGGGAAACACAACUUCCCCCUGCUCAGGCGGCUUGUUUUGCCCGAUGGUUCGAUCCUCCGGUGUGAGUACAAUGCACUUCCAACCAGGGAUUGCCUCUUUGAGGACCCUCUCCAUGAUGGCAAGACCAUGCUCAAAAUCUGGAACUUGAACAAGUACACUGGUGUGAUUGGAGCAUUCAACUGUCAAGGAGGUGGAUGGUGCCGUGAAACCAGACGCAACCAAUGUGCUUCUCAGUUUUCUCACAUGGUGACUGCUAAGACCAAUCCUAAGGAUAUUGAGUGGAAGAGUGGCAAGAAUCCAAUUUCCAUUGAAGGUGUACAAGUUUUUGCCCUGUACUUUUCUCAGUCCAAGAAACUUGUCCUCUCCAAACCAGCUGAAAACAUUGAAAUUUCACUGGAGCCAUUCAAUUUCGAGCUGAUAACUGUUUCUCCAGUUACUGUCUUGGCUGCAAUAUCAGUCCACUUUGCUCCUAUCGGACUAGUGAACAUGCACAAUGCUGGUGGUGCCAUCCAGUCAGUAGCCUAUGAUGACUUCGAGAGUUCAGUGCAAAUUGGAGUGAAGGGAACUGGUGAAAUGAGAGUCUUUGCAUCAGACAAGCCAAUUGCUUGCAGAAUAGAUGGAAAAGAUGUUAACUUUGAGUAUGAGCAACAAAUGGUCAUUGUUCAAGUUCCAUGGUCUAGUCCUUCAGGUUUAUCUACAGUACAGUAUUUGUUUUAAGUUUGGUUUAUUAGAAGAAAGUCAUUGACUUCAUAACUUAAUAGAAGAGGUAUGAUGACUUUAGUUCCAUCCAAAUGACUGAAAGUAACUAUCUGAAUUGAAAUUAAUGAAGAUAUACUAUAUGUUCAGCAAAGUCCAAAGUACAAUAUAUGAAUUAUAUAUAUAUAUAUAUAUAUAUAUAUUUACAUAUGAGGCCACUGUCUGGAGAUAAGAGAAAAAUUUUCAGGUGCUGAGAUUUCAACGUCAGAUCUGCUGGAUGCUACUCUAAAGAAUGGCCACACGAAUCAACUGAGUUAAGUCCAAGAUAUUAUAUUUCACUCUGAUUUCCUUGCAAGUGCUCCUACAGUAAAUAUUGAUCAGCUUUCCAAUAUUGGAUUUUAUAGCUGUAUUGGAACUCAACAUGUUAACUGUUCAGCUGCCUGAGACAUGGUUCCAGUGACCCAAGCAAAAGCAAAACUGCCACAUUUUGCUGAACUGUUAAACUGCCUGAGAAAUGGCUCUAUUGCUCCAAGCCCAAGCAAAAGCAGAACAUUUUGCUAAACUGUUCAGCUGUCAGAGAAAUGGUUAUAGCGAUCAAAGCAAAAGCAGAACUGAAACUGAACAUUUUGCCUUGGCUGCCUGGCAACAAAGGGUCCAGUUUCUACCCAUUUAUAAAAGAUUCUCUUAAAUGGGCUUACUCUCAACCCUAUAAGGCCUUGAAGACAGGCUUUGGCCAUGCAUUGUAGUUGGAUUCAAACUAGGCUAUGGAAUUAGCUGUAUGAAAUCUUUACCAAGUUUAUCAAAUACAAUUUUUUUUUUUUUUUGGUUUUGGGAAAACAUAUCAAAAUUCAAAUGCAAUUUAACUCAACAUGCACUUUUCUAGUUUUUUAUUGCUAUUAGAUUCUAUAAAAUUAGAAAAUAUUGCAUCAAAAUAUUCUUCAAUGUCUCGGCUAUUGAUAGAACGUAA